GAAUAACGACAGCUGUGCAUGACGUCACUAAAAGAUACCAUUUAACAACCAGACUCAUAAACUGAACCAAUCAGAAUCGAAAUUAUCAUGACGUCAUACCUUUAACCAAUCAGCGACUAAAUCACUAUGACAUCAUUAACCCAAGGCACCCUGAGCCAAUCAUAGACAAGUGUGCUUAUGACGUCAUAAAUACAUUAGCCAAUCAGAGUCAAGCAAAUUUAUGACGUCUCAUCCAAGAAAUCCAAUCAGAAUGAAGGAUUUGAAUGACGUCACAGUUUAAACGUAAAUAAAGCCAAAUUUGAGUUGAACGAGGCGCCAUGGUGGAGAUUUUCACCAUUUUCCCUGUAAAUUUGCCUUCCCUUCCCUCCCGAGCGGCAUGAGCGGGAAGAAGUCCAUCUCGGGGCCAUACAGAGCCACGAAACUGUGGAAUGAUGCAGUUCGGUCCUUCUACAAUGGCAUGCCGGUGGCGCGUCACUGGCGGGGGCUGCGGCAGUACGAGCGCUGCUUCACCGCCACCGAGGCUGUCGACUGGCUACACCAACACCUCCAGGCCAACCCAAACUUCAGUCGUGCCGUGUCCCGAGACCAGACCAUCAAGCUGCUCAGGAAGUUUGUGAAGUCGGGUUUGCUUGAGGAUGUCCGAGGAGGAACCACACGGCCGGAGGACUUCAGGGACGGCAGGGACUUGUACAGGUUCAGCAGUCGCUCGCCUCUGAAGGCCCUGCGAACCCCUGGUCGCUCAGCCCUGGCAGCCCUUGACCCCAACACGCCUCAGCCUGACCUUGGUGCCUCGCCCAUCCUCAAACGGCACCGCAGCUCCAUACGGCAGUCUGUCAGGUGUAAAAGAAGCACCACAGAAAGGGACGCCUCACCUGGAGAUGAUGCCCCGCGUGCAAAGGUGAGGCCCAGGCGUGCUGCUUCCCUCCACCGUGGCGAGAAUGCCGUCAACGAGCGGAGGGACAAGGAGGCCCAGCGCAGCGCGGACCAGGGCGGCAUGCAGGAGUGCCAUCUGGUGGCCCGCCCCCCCACCACGGAGGAGACCAACCAAGUGUGGAGGGAGGUUGUGCUUGACAAGUUGGAUGGCAUGUGCGAGCGUCUGAUCUUUGGGGAUGUGACGACAGUGCUGGAGCCCAAGAUAGUGUGUGGCGAGAGUGUGCGGCACAACAUGACGCAGCUGUCGACGCGCGGUGUGGUGCGGGUGGCGGAGGGACACCCUGAGGACCUGCCCAAUUGGAUCCUGACAGCCAUGAAGUGUUUGGCUCACUGGCCCAAUGCAGCUGACCCGACCUGCAAUAUCCCUAACUACCCUGGGGUGGAGCGAGACGUCUUCAAGAUUGUGCGGGAGUUUUUCACCAACAUGGUGGUGCCACUCAUCCCCUAUGAGCUGUACGAGGCACUCAUCCGCCUGUACAUCGGGGCAGAGUUCCUGGACAUCACCCACCGCUCCCCUGCUGUCCCUGCCAGCACCUCCACUUCCACAUCCACUUCCACAUCCACCUCCCCACCCCCUGAGCCCUCCCCGCACCCCUGCAGCGACACAGACUCCGUGGAGGACCUGAUUCUGAACAUGAGUAUUGGUGGGCAGGCGACCUCCACACCACAUGGGGAGGAGCGGGGCCAGGGGGUGGCUGAGAGGGGGGCUGGUGGCGGCAUGCACACCCCCCGGCUGGACACCAUGCGCCACCCGGAGGCUGCCCGCCUGCUGCUGUCCCUCAAGCUGCGUGGCCUCAGGGACUAUACAGACUUCAAGGACGACAGCCUCUACCCCAACUCUCCCCUGUGCCGCGAGAGUGAGAGGAACCAGCAGGGCCUCCCUCAGGAACCAGCACCACCGCCACCUACACAGAGGGUGAGGUCCCCCAGUGGCCCUACCAGCCAGGCCUCCCUCAAGACCCCUCCAGAGGCCAAGGAUGCCCCCCGGCCUUUCAGUGUGCAGAGUGGAGGCCAUGACCGGCCAGCCAGCCGUGGGCCAGAGACGGUGCGCUCCAUCAAGACCAACGACCAGGCACGGCGGCUCAGGCGGGAGUGUAGCGGUGUUGGCAGCAGCAGUGGUGGUGGUGGUAGUGGUGGUGGUGGUGGUGGUGGCAGCAGUGGAGGGUGGGAGGGUGUGAAGGUGGAGUCAGGUGAGGUGCUGGAGGGCCUGGCACUGCCACACAACUGCUGCUUUGAGACAGCCUUCACCUCGGACAGCCCUCAGACCAGGAUCAUCCCCCAAAAGUCAGUUGACUCCAUCCACUUCCGCCGUGGUGAGAAGCAGCGGCCCAAGAGCCUGGCCGUCCCCCCAUUGUCUGGCCCAUCUGGCCCCUGGGACUCCACCGUGGAUGCCUCAUCCGCUUCGGACCUGUUCCGCUCUAGCAUCAUCUCGUCGGCCAGCACAGAGUACAUCACUGCCCUGGCGCCCCUCUCCCCCCUCAACAGAUCCCGCUCUGCCGGGAACCUGCAAUGUCUGGAGGCUGACUCCAGUGCCCCUGCCCCCCCAGCCCCGGCACCCACCAGGAGCCUGGCCAGCCGCAUCAGGGACUCUAUCAAGCGGAAGAAUCUGCGGGAUGACUCCCUCUCCAAGAAGCGCGGUGCCCGAGUGAAGGCCGGCGCAGCAAACCACCUCAGGACGGAGUCUGGUGGUUACGUCAAUCCCAGCCUGUCAGGCACCACCCCAGAUGAUACUGCCAGCACAGUGUCCUCAGAGGGCCUGGGCGUGGAGGGCAGCAGACUGGCACAUCUACGUACCAAGUCUGGUGGGUUCCUCAAUCUGGCUCUUGCCCCGUAUGGAAACUCCAUGGACACCCUGGACUCAGUGCCCUCCGCCCCCCUCAGUGCUCGGUCUGACCCGGGCCUGCUGGACCACCAGCCAGCUGCUGCCCCCCCACCUCGGCCACUGUCCCGCCACAGGACCCUCACCCCAGAUGGCUGCCUCAGUCACAGCCUCCAUUCCACAGCCUCAGGGAACAGCAUCUACCACUCGGCCCUCUCCCACACCAGCCACACCAGCCAGGCCAGCAGGGGCAGCACUCCCACCUCCCUGGCCUCCCAUACGCCACUGGUCUCCCCUUCUCUGCGGCCCAUCAGUGGCAUGGCAGGCAUUUACUCCUCAGCUCUCAGUAAAGGCUCCACCUCCCAGCCCCAGCCCUCCAGGGACACCCCCACUGACCUGUACAAACACCUGUCCUCCUCAGCCAAUGAGUUAAGUGAUGGGUGGAUGGACCGCACCCCUCACGGCCGGGCGCCUCCCUUUGGGCGGGGGGGAGCGUGGCGGCUGUACCACUCCUCGCCAAGUAAGAGACGCAUCGGCCGCAGGCGAGGGGCACAGGUGUUCUGGGGAAGCAAAGCUUGUCUGCCUGGACUCCUGACAAGGGAGGGGCGGGAGGCGGCCACCAGCUCGACCCGCCUGCUGCUGCUGCUGCUGAGUCCAGUGCGGCGCCGCAAGCUGCACCUGCUGCUGCGGAUGAUGAAUAAGAUGGCUGCCAAUGAGAAGCUCAACAUUGACCCUGACCUGUCCACGCGUUCCCUGGUCCUCAACACCUUCGCCCGCAGCAUCCUCCUGUGUGAGCGCGAGGCGGACCACGAUGAGGUGCUGGCACUGCGGGUGGUGGCCUUCCUCAUGGAUGCCCACGAGGAGGUGAUGGCCCCUCCCCAGGACAUCACCGUGCUGGUCCACAGGCGCCUGGCUCUCCGACAUCGCAGCCAGGUUGUGUAUGCGGCAGCAGCUGGGGAGCGCGCCAUCACCCACACCUACUGCCGGCAGGUGACAGCCUCCGAGUACCAGCGGCAGCAGGUCACCGGCUCACAGCUGUUCUUGGCACAGCUCCUGGACCAGCUGGUGGACAACACCGCCAAGUUCUCAUCCAAGGAACGCAAGAGGAAGCUGAAGGAGUUCAAGUCGCUUUACCCUGAGGUGUACCGAGCCAGGUUCCCCGAGGAGGAGGAGGAGACCAAGAAACCUGAGGGGAAGAGCCGCAUGAAGAGCCUCAUCAAGCUGGCCUCCCUCACCUCCCUGGGCCGCAGCCGCCAGAUGAGGGUGUGAGGCAUGGGUUGCAGGAGGCACAGCCAAGCAGGGUGUAGGGAGGGGUGUGGCAGCCAGUCAGGGAUAAUAUGGCUAGUGAAGUCAUGUCAUGUAUCAGAACUGGCUGGUCAUGGGAGGCAGGAGCAUUGAAGGAGGAUCCAAUAUAUGGCCACAUAAAUGGCAUUUAGAUUUAAGUUGAUUAAUCGAUGCUUGUAUUAUUAACAGAAUAAGAGAGGUGUACACAAGCCAAAAUAGUCAUUAUCAGUCAAGAUCUUUUCAGUAAGUUAGUUUUUGUGCAUCCUCUAAUGCAGGACACCUCAAGUGAUGAGGGUAAAGUGAAUCCAAGGAAGAGAGGCUUGACAUGUCCAGUGUGGGUGAAGGAAUGAAUGAGAGCAGUAGAGAUUUCAGAUUCAGUACCUUCAGUUAUUAUGGUGACAGAAAACAAGAGAGCAUGUGAUGAUGACGAAAGUUUAUGUAUGGCCAAGUUAAAUACUGCAUGUGAGAGUGAUGACCCAUAGUAAGUGAGAGAACAAUCAUAGAAUACUCAGAAGUGAAGACAGUGGAGAAAUGAGAGGACAGCAAUGAAUGUGGUUGAAAUAUAUGAAGUGGAGGAAUGACGGACUUAUGGUGUGUACAUUCUGUUACUUAUCCUCUUACCAUUAUUGUCUUUGUUGUAUAAGGAUUAGUUCUCUCCCCAUUGAGGCCUGAAGUGUUGCUAUAAGAGGGAGGGCAUUCAAGGACACACUAGAACAGGUUGCUUAUUGGGUUACCUUCACUCUCCAGCCAGGUGUUUUUGCUGAUCAUGUGUGCUGCAGUGCUGGUCAACAUUGGCUCAGCUUGGGUAGAUGCAAGUGCCAUGUGACAAAGUGAAGCCAUAAGAGUGCCAUCUGGUGUCAAAUAGUGAGACAGAGACUGGUUUGAAGCAUAUGCCAUCUGUGAUUAACAUUCUUUCAGUGAGAUGAGAGUUUUAGAUCAUACCCAGUCAUUAAUUGCAUGAUUUGCUGAAGCUUUUAUUCAUAUGUAACAUAGGACAUAUGCUUCAUAUAUAUAUCUAAUUACAUAACCUUUAUAUAAUUAUCUUUUGUGUAUAGCUGUCUUAUUAUAUUACUUUAUCCUCUCUUCCUAAGGACACAUGUCAAGGCAUUAAUGUUAUUGCAGUGUUACUAAUAGUGCUAGUGUAGUCUGUGUGGUGCUAGUGUUAAUAUUAGUGAUAGUGGUGUUUGCAUAAUAUGUGGAUGUGGUGAUUGAUGGGCAGAAACACAGAAGGGAUGGUGAGAGUUGGUAUGUCACUGGAUACUAAAUAGGAGAAAUAAUGUCUACUUGUUUGGCAUUAAUUGUAAUGCAUAUUUGGUGAGAGAUGGUAAGCUAAAUGUAGACAGAGUAAUGACAACACUUGAUUUCUUAUGUAAAAGGGAAGAGUUGAAAGUGUAUACAUACUGUGUAUAAUAUGUUGAAACUACUUGACAGAUGGGAUUAAGGUAUACUGAAAUGAGGAAAUGAAAAAGAAGAAAAUAUGAGAAAAGUGCACUAUUAAGGCAGAGAAAAAUAUUAGAAAUUGAAGGAUUCUGUAAGUACUUGUAGAUCAGUUAAGUUAUCAGAGAAAUUUGAUCCAGGAGGUAGAUAAUUAUUAAGUGAGGUGACAGACAGCAAUGAUAUGAGGAAGAAUCUCCAGCACAGUGUUUUGCUGCCUUACCGAGUCAUGAUAUUAGAGUACCAGAUGAGGGGUGGGGGGAACUUGUGUGUUAGUUAAUGUGACUUAGAAUGGUAGAACAGCCAUCACAUAUAGAUAGAUGCAGAAUAUUUCCUGAAAAGACAUAGAUGCAUAUGGUUCAAUUUUAAGUGUUAUCUGAAGAAAGUGUUUAGGAAAUAUGAUACAAAUGAAGGAGGGAGACUCUGUGACGUAAAGGAAUGGAACACUGUUGACAGAGUUGAUAGAGUAUUUUGGGAACAGUUCUGCCUUGACCAUUCCUUACAAGGGAAGCACCUCAGAGGCACUACAAAAUUAUGAUUUUUGUUUAUUGAUGUUACUACUGCAAGUGCUAGUAUUUUUGUUAGUGAUAGUGGUAGCAGCACUGAAGGUAGUGUUGGUGGUGAGGUGGUGUUAGUGUGGUGCAAUGUUACAGAUAAGAGUACUGCAUAACAAACAGGAUUUACAGUAGGUGAAGUGUUGAUGUUAAUAGGAUAGAGUAAGGACAGGAGACUUGAGUGUACAAAGGGAGAUUUAGUCAGCCAUUUUUUAGUGCCAUUUAUGUGUUCUUCAUUAAUAGAUUUAGAAGACAGAAAAAGAGCUGAAUUGGAUCUGUUCUUAUCUUGCAGUGAGGAAAGAGGAACACUGUGAUCAUAAAGUCAUGAUUAUUGUAUAUAUAAUCAAACAGCCUUGGAUGAAACAUUGGCCUUGCUUGUGAUCACAACAGUACAAAUGUUACUCCCAUCUCUGGUUCUGCAUUAACUUUUCACCACCAUGAUGUGCCUUGUGCUCCUGGCAGUGCUGGCCAGACUGUUCAUAGCUCCAGCAGUGAGGGUAAUGGUGUGAUGCACUAUAGUUUACUAGUGUAGACAUCUGAUUACAGUAAAGGACAGAGCUUUCUUUCCCUCCUCCACAUCUUGAAGCAGCAGCACCUGCAGUCUUGUUUCUUUGCUUUGUGCCUAACAACACACUAGUCUACCUUCUCACACCAGCAAGGCUGCAAAGAAACAAAUAUAUUCUUGGUAUUAUUUUUAGGGAAAUGCAAAUUUUCAGCCAGCAUAUGCCAGCAUAUUGUGUGGGUAACUUUCAUUUCUGUAGUGUUACUUUGACAGUGUCCAUUCUUCACUACCUGUCUGAAUCUACCUUGCAAAAUUUUUUUGUCUUCUGUGCUUCUGUCUUUUAUUGACAGUUUGUUUCUUGGCCUGACUGUCAGCUCUUAUUUAUAAACCUGAUGUGGAAAGCUGAUGUAAAUAGUUUGUAAAUAUACCAUAGAUUCUUAUUUCAUAGCAUUGUAUAACAAAGGUGUGCAAUCUUAGCAGUACACUUUUAUCUUAGGUAUUGAUGCUUCAAUAUCCUCCUUAUUUACAUACCAAAAGUAUUAACAUUAAGUGUAUUAUGUUCUACAAAUCACCUGUGCAUUGUUUUACUGAUAACAUGUCAGUGUGUAAGCUUGUGUGACCAGCACUUUGUAUUUUAAGUGGUGACAUGCCAUUUCUGUCUUGUUACUUAUACAGUAGCAUAAAGUAUUUCCAUUCCUAAUACCAUAUCACCUUCCUAUACAUUAUUGUGACAUCAUCCCUACUUUAUUUUAUACUCUUAAUAUGCCACAUGACCUCUGAUAUACAUUACCUUGACUCAUUUCACUCACUCACUCAGCAGCACAGAGUCAGGCUGCUGUCAUCACUACCACAGUCGUGUAUAUACAUUCACUCUCCACUAUAUAUAAUGUUCUUCAUUCUCUUCUUUAUAGGAAUGUGUAGUGCUGAAGAGGAGGCUUCCAUGAUGUUGUUCCUUUCCACUUUUUAACACACACACACACACAUGCACAUGUACAUGUGCUUAUUAUUAUUAAAAAUCUGAUUCAUAUCCUGUAUUUAUUAUUAUUAUUUUUAUUAUAAAUGUGCACAAAUUGAUAAGAUGACAGUGAUCAAGUUUUAUUGUUUGUCUGUUUAUCAUUAUUAUUACUUUAUUUGCCAUCAUUAUUACAUAUUUUAUAUUGAUAUUAUUGACUUGUCAGCAGGAAUAUAGAAAAGCUCAGUAUUAUUUGUUAGUGAUUGCUUAUCUAUUACAUGAAGUUGAUUUUGUGCAACAAGAUAUAGUAGGUAAGGUUUUUAUAAAGGUAUUUAAGAUCACAUGCAGUAUACUACUGGUGUAUGUUUACUGGGAAGCUUUAUUUUAUAGCUUGUUGUGUCAAUGUUUUGUGCUUAGAGGAGCUUUACACAUUGAUGGAAAUGAGUGCAGAUGUAGCCGUGCAGGAACUGUUGGGUGGGUGUGGAGAUUUGCGUCAGAGGUUAUUGGGGACGUUAUCCUGCAUCUCAUACAUAACUAAUUGUCUAACUUCAGCCCUCGAGGCACCAUUAUCCUGUAUCAUAAAAUUUUCAGUGUUAGCUUAUUACUUAAAUUCGUGUUGUUUUAUUCAUUUUAAUAUGAGGUACUUACAGAGGUGGUACAGUCAUUGGUCAUAGCAGAUUAAUAUGCCAUGCUUACUUACUUCCACUGUGUUAAAUGUUUCCCCACAAUUUUAAUAAUCUGGCCUGCUGAGAAUGAAACAGGGUUUUUCAGAAAACUGCAAGUGGAUCAGAGGACUUCAGAUUAACACAAAAUGCAAAAACAUGGAAGUGAAUGCAGAAAGUUACUCAACUAGCCACCAUGACCCUACUGUUCUCUUGUAGCCUUCAAAGACCUCAGUGUUUGAUGAUAGCUUGUGUCAGUGAAUCAUUGCAGUAUUUUACAUUGGUUACAAAACUGAUCUUUAGAUAAAAUUGGAACUUAUUUUGAGGCAUUAUCUGAAUAGCUGUCUUGGUUGAUCAUCUAUUUAGUAUAAAGCACAAAAGGGAAGAGGAGAGGACAGUGGAAGGAGUGAGCCAAAGUGUGAUACAUGACAGGAGUGCGUAGACUAGGACAAGUGACUGGAAGGAAAACGGCACACAAGCAUAGCAAAUUUUUUUAUUAAUGCUACUCUGGAUAGUGCAGGGCUUUACCAAUAGAUUGUAUGUAAUCUGCUCACAGGAACUUGACUGAGACUCCUCCCCUUCAUCUGACCAAAGUAAACUGCCCAAAAUUAUCUCGAGUGUGCUUUGACUUAAGUGGGAUUGUGUGAGAGGGGAACGGGGCUCAUCCAUGAAGGUUACCAGUGCUGGGUCAAACAAUGGGAAGGGGUGGUGUUUUUUGUAGAGUUUCUGUGAGCAUUCUACAAGUGUGGGUCUCCAGGGUAAAUGUCACUGUGAUUUGCUUGAUUGAUUGUAUGACUUUUCUUUGAACUAAAAUUUUUAUAACC